UCAUACACUACACCUAACCUACAUAAUUUUGAGGAUUCAAAUAGGUAAUUCUUGCUAAACGAAGAAUGGCAACAUUAUGGAAAGCUUUGACCUGGUUUGAUGGAAAGAAUUGCAUUGAUAUAGGUCGUUUUGCUGUAUUGGUUCUAAACCAACCUAUAACACUUCCCAAGAGAUAUAUGUUGGACAUCUGGAAUGGAGCAAGUUUCCGAGCCACAGCUGACGGAGGCACAGACAGAUGGUAUGAGUUUGUUGCAAGUAUCUCCAGUAGAGACCACACUCUAAAAAAAAUACAUCCGGACCUUAUUUCUGGGGAUUUUGACUCAGUGAAACCAGAAACGAUUAAGAGAUGUCUGGAGAACAACGUAAAAAUGUUAAAGACACCUGACCAAGAUAAAACCGACUUUACCAAAGCCCUGGAGGAGAUUUGGAAAGAGACUGGUGGUGAGAUAGAUAGUGUGAUAACGAUUGUAGAUAACUCUGGUAGACUAGAUCACAUCAUGUCUAAUCUGAACACUCUUUAUGAACCUCAUCAACACCGGCUUUAUUUAUUGGGGUCUAACUCGUUGACAUGGUUGUUAGCACCAGGGCUGCAUCAUAUUCAAGUGCCUCAGUCUUUGGUGGUCUCUAAAGCGCAUUGUGGCCUUAUACCUUUAGGAGAGCCUUGUACGGUUACUACUACAGGAUUAAAGUGGAACCUGAACAAAGACAAAAUGCAGUUUGGAGGUUUGAUCAGCGCUUGCAACCUGUUCAGUGAAAACAACUCUGGUCUGGUCACGGUGGAGACAGACAACCCCGUAUUGUGGACGGCAACCGUGGUGAGGAAAGACCACUCAAGAUGAAGAGAAACUGCAAAACCUCUCCAAGGAAUUCUGCACUAAACGUCUUCCAGUCAAAAGUUCCAUUUGCAACUCUAAUUAAGUUAUUUUUAAGAUUUGUUACCAAAUACAAGUAACUUAGUGAGAUAAAAUGACUAGACCCUGUGAACCCUGGGAAUAAUGAAUUGACUUAAUUAUGCCUAUUAUUUGGUGGAAAUGCUGGGAAGCUGCGUGCCUAGUAACCAGAGUAUUAAGCUUUGACUGGAACUAAUUUAUUUGUAACUUUAACACCUAUUCAGGAAUUCAUGACUUUUACAAUCAACACAUAAUUCAAUGCCCAUUAAGUAUGUGUGUGACAACCAUAACUUGAACUUUUAGUUCGCGAGAUGAAGUAGGCAUAAUUAAAUCAAUAAACCCUGGGUUUAGAAAUGG